AUGAACACACACAUAAUUCGCACUAUCUUGCUGAACACGGUUCUGAGAGUGUACCUCCAUCGGAGCAUAUGCCUCUGUUCCUUCUUCGCUUUACUCCCUGUUCCUCUGUCAGGGUUUGACCGCGACCUAAUACGCCAGUUCGGCAUUAUUCUUGGGAUAAUACUCGCCCACCAUAUUGCCAGCGCCUUCCAGUUCAUCAGGACUAAAAUCAAUCUCUAUGUCGAUCUUGUCCUCCUGCUUGUCGAAAUAAGCGUGCUCGGCUUCAGCACCCUCGAUUAUACGAGGUCCUAUGUUGACCGAUGGUCUUCUCAAGUGGAGAUCGGUUACGUGUCCUUGAAUUGGUCACUUCUGGGGUUCCUUGCUCUUCUGGCAGCCCCACGGAUUGCAACCAUCGUCAAAAACAAAGGCCAACUCCGAAUGGGUAUGAGUUUUGACAUAUUGAUCAAUUCUAAGAUCGACAACUGCGAUGGAAUCCAACAACGUCAAGCGCCCAGCGCGCCUAAUAUUCUCAUAGGACGGUCCAUCUGGCGUAAAGUCAUUGCAGGCGAGAGCAAGACUUUGACACGUUUAAGAGGCACCUUCGCGGUCGUUCUUGCUCUUGCGGUCGCUGGCUUCUCUAUGGUCCAUAUCAUCUUGGAACCGGUCAGGGAGACUGCACUCACACCCGUCAAAGAGCUCCGCGUCCUUGACUUGCCUUGGGAUUUCGAAAAUGAGCCUCCAAGCUGGAAUGUAGUGGUGUUUCGUGUGGUUGCGCCUGGAUCUUCCAACGUCCGAUCCGACUCCAGGGUUGACAGCGCGAUGGCUCUAAACUCUGUGCAAAUGUUGGCCAGUCUCACAAAUGGCACUUCGCUGGCUGUCGAUCGGACAAUAGCAACCCCGGUCAUACCUCCCGGCGUCAACUUGAUGGGUACUGUGAAGACCGAGCUCCGGCAAGUCUAUAAGGAAUCAGCAGCUCCUGCAUUCGGACUUUUCGGGUCUUCUCACAUGUUCGUGAUAGGAAGAAUGCUCAAUGUGCUUCCAGAUCCCGAAGCCUCUUUCCUUCCCAAUGGCAGGAAUAUAUCCACGUUCCGAGUGUUCCCUCAGGUGGAUCUCUCGGAACUGAGAAUUGUUCUCGACGGCCUGGAGUCAUCCGUGCUGAAGGGAUUCUCCGCUGUCGGCGGCCUGUGGACAUUCUUGAGCGGCAUAUUUACCAUCAUCUCCGGGGCGUCGGCCCGUCGCUCAUGCGGCUUGUAUACGCCCUUGUCUGUCUUUGGACUGGCACAUACCUUCCAGACAGAAAAGAUACGCCGUGAAUGUGUCAAACAGUAUCCCAAGCUCUUGGAAGAGGAUCAAGUCCCACAAGAAGAAAGAGGGCUGCUUAAACUGGUUCGCGAUCACAUCAUUGAGCUCUAUCCCUUAGACGAAGAGGAUAUGAAGUUCGAAUCACGACCCUCUCCCCAAUAUGAAAGGAACGAUGCGCAGCUUGAAAGUGGCGCGGCCGCUGGUGAGGCAGAAACCGCUUAG